AAUUCACGAAUGCAAUGUCGCUCGUCCGCUCCCAUUAUCGAUGAUUUCGUGCGCAAUCCACCUGGUGCAUGGAUUUCCGCGAGGAUGACAUUUUUCAGCUGUCUCGUAGCUCUGUUUACAUACAAACUCGUUCGCGAGCAAACAGCUGUCAAAGUGACAGUACCAGAUACAUCUAUAUGUGUGCUUGUAUGCAUGCGAAACAUAUACAUAAGAUGAAUGAGCGCUGCUUUAUGUAUAGGCACUGCGAGAUAUGCCACUGGCUUCGCGACGAUUUUCAUGAAAUUUUUCCUGCCCGAUUACGGUCGGUUCACCGAGUGCACAUUGCAUCGUCCUCGCGAGCAGCGAUCGCGGAUUUAUUUUUACAGCCGUCGCCGCUGCCUUUUUUGUUUUUCUUUCAAUUAUGUAUAGCUAAUCCACCUCGAGACUAUACGUUCGUGCUCUGUGUUUUGCUGCGAGAACGUCAUUUCAAAAUGGUCGGUUUCUUUCCUCGUAUUCCUCGUUUUCUUUCUUGGCGACUUUGCUCUAUCCACAUAACGCUGACGAUUGAAUGACGAAAAUGACGACGACUCGGAGGAAGAGAGCGAAGGGCCUGAACCAGCACACCAUGCAAGAAGGCCUAUGAAUGCUUUUCUAAUUUUUUGUAAACGACAUCGGGCAUCUGUUAGAUCUGGCUUUCCUCAUCUGGAAAAUCGAGCUGUUACACGGGUUCUUGGAGAAUGGUGGGCUAUGCUUAUCGAUGAACAAAAACAAGCUUAUACUAAUUUAGCUCAGGAGUACAAAGAUGCUUUUCUCAAUGCUAAUCCUGAUUUUAAAUGGUACAAGCUACCAGCUCCACCUCUUCGUACAUUAAACACAAGACCAACAAAUAAAAAGGGGGAUCUUUUACAAUUAGAGACUGAAACAAAUAAAAACCAAUUACAAGAGGAUUUCAUUCAACCUGGCAAAUUGGCUGAUGAAUCUCAAAUAGGUGGUUUGAGUUCCUUGUUCACACCUCAAAAAAAUUGUCCUUCUUCUUCAAUUGGUGCAGCGGAUGAAGAAACUGAUAAUAAUUUAGAAUGCCCAAAACCGCCAAAAAAAAGAUUUGCAGACCCACUUGUUUCUUUUAGUUUGAAAGAAGAUUGUAAGGCUGAUUUAUUUGGAAAUCACAAUGGACCAGAAUCAAAUAAUAAUUCUACAAAUAUAAGUCAAGUUAAAGAGGAGACUAUUACGGAUAAUGAACCAGUUAAUGAAGAAAUUUGUGAAGAUGAGAGCAAUGGCACAGUUUACCAAAAAUUUUCAGCUGAGGUGGCAUCUCAACAGAUCAAACAACGUCCGAUUCUUGAUCCGACAAACAUAGAACAGCACAAUCACGAAAGAAGAAACUCUAUAUCGUCGAACAUUAGUGAAAAAACUGACUCAUUAUGUAGCGAAGGGACCAAUUCUCGUGGUGAUUUAGAAUAUCUCGUGCAAGGUGCUGAAGGAAAAUUAGAAGCAUCAAAACCGGAAAAUACUGUAACUGGAGGAGCUGACAGCCAUAGCAGUUGGAUGUCACGUAAACGAUUCAAAGCAGAAGAUUUUAAUUUGGAGAAAAAAAUUGAAGCGUUGCCAUCCUUAAGUUUAGAAGAAUUUCAAGCAAUGAAAAAACAACAACGCACUAAGAAAAAGAAAACCACGCAAAGACACUCCAGCAGUACAAAAAAGCGUUCCGAUGAAGCUUCUUUAUCAUAUGGACGCGUCGCAGAUUUGAAAUCAAAUACACAGAGAGAAGCGGAAAAAGCUCUAGUUGUCGGAAGUCAGAAGAGAAAAGCACGGAAACAAAAUAUCACGAGAAAUACAAUGUUUAACAAACCGCCAAUUAAUAAUCAAAUACAGUCGACCAACAAAACAUGGUGUGAAUCCCCGGAUCUCGAAGCUUUGGCUUGUCUAGCUACGGUGGCCGCAAAUCGUACGAAGUUAACCAAGUCCUAGAUCUUCAAUUCUUCAAAGAUGAACACGAAGAAUUAAAAAAAUAUAUAUCGUUUGUAUUCUUAUGAAUUAUUUAUUUAGUGUUACUGUAUUACAUUAGUUCUGUAUGGUUACUUUUUAUAAUUGAUACUAACUUUCAGUUUAACAAAGAGUCAUUUUAAUUUAAAUUAGGAUAGAAAUCAAGCGAAUCGUUCUGCAGCAGUAUGCCGAUUUCCAAAUUACUGUAUGCGAUUUAUAGUAUGGUUGAUCCUAGAUUGUGCGUUUGCAUUAUCUAAUAUAUGCUUGGUGCACUAUGUAAUGAUCACACAAAAUUUAAUGUGUUAUAGCUGCAGUAUUAUGCUUUUUCUUAUUGUAAUAUUUGUCUCACAGAUAAUUAUCACAAUUUUUACAAUAUGGUGUAAGGCUUCUCUGAUAUUACAAAAUAAUAGGUGCCUUGAUUGAUAUAAAUUCAAAGGCAUACUUCAAAUUGAUUAUAUAUUUAUAUCACAAUAGCUUUAUUAAUCAAAAUUUUAGUUUAAAAUAUUUUCGACCUCUGAACUAUAGACAGAAUUAUUUUUAUACAAUCAUAGAUGUUAUAGUAAAAAAACAGUCAUAGGAUUUUUUAUGAACAGAAAUAAUUAUUAGGUUACAAAAUAACGUAACCAAAUGCUCAAAUGAAAAAAUAGUGAGUUUCAUUUCUUUACUUCUCUCGAAUAAAUAGACCAAAAUGUUUUACCGGUACGUGUGCUACAUACAGUGCUUGUUCUUUUCAAACAUUCUAUUGAAAACCGAGAGAUUACAGACUCAUAUAGACAAAGAAUAAUUGAAAGCCACUAAUGUGUAAGUGAAUAUGUACAUGUAUAUUUCUAAAUGAUAGCUCAAUUUUAUAUCCAAUGUUUUAACAGCAGAAGUAAGAAAAUGAUAAACUUUUGUGUUGUACGACCAAAUCAGACAGAAGCUGAUCAGGAUAAAAGUUUAAAGACUGUCUGUGAUGAUUUUUGGCUAAAAGAAUUUUUAUUAUUUUAUAUUUUUCUAUGCUACACUAUCAAUGGCUCUUUGAUUUCGUUGAGCGAAAACAAAGAAUCUAAUAUCUUUCCCAAAUAAUUCAUAAAUACAGUGUAUAAAAUCCAUCAGAGAAAUCUGAUGCGAAUCAAUAGUGAAGUAAGAUAGCUGAUUCAAUAAUUUUGAUAAAUUAUUUUUUUUUAAUCUUGGCCAGUACUAAAAGUAUUGAAUUUCAAAUGGAAAAUGUGCCUUGGUGAGACAUGAAAAUCCGAAAUGAUUAUUGAUAAAACUACAAAGCUCUAUUUUACAGAAUUAACAAUUAAAAAUAAAUGCAGCAGUAUCUAAACAAUGGUUUUUUUAUUAGCUAAACGCUACGUAUUUAUAUGUGAAAUUUUAUAAAAUGAAGAAAAAAAACUAUGUACAUAUUACUAUUAUAUUAAGUAAUUCUAUUGAAAUUGCACAAUGAAUGUUUUCUAUAAUAUUAUCGGAAACCACACGGUAAACCUUAUAUAUGUUGAUGUC